AUGGCCCACCGCCGGCUCUCCAUGCUGUGCCUCGGCGCCCUCCUUGGGUUCCGAGUAACUCGCUCCGACGCGUCGCUGUUUGUGUAUUUCCAUGGCGAUGUCACUGCAUACCUGUUGCUCUACAUCGGCGACAUCAUCUUGACGGCAUCAUCCGGUGAGCUUCUUCGACAGCUCACCGCUCAACUUCAGUCUGAGUUUGCCAUCAAGGACUUGGGCCCCUUGCACUACUUCCUCGGGAUUGAGGUGGUGCGCCGUGCUGAUGGGUUCUUUCUACACCAACAAAAGUACGCUCAUGAGUUGCUCGAGCGCGCCGGCAUGCUUAACUGCAAGCUCGUCGCCACGCCAGUUGACACGAAGGCCAAGCUUUCUGCCCUUGAUGGAUCACCUGCAUCGGAUGCUUCAUUCUAUCGCUCUUUUGUUGGUGCUCUUUGGUACUUGACGCUCACUCGUCCGGACUUGACAUAUGCUAUUCAGCAGGUGUGCCUUCACAUGCACUCCCCGCUAGACUCGCAUUGGAACUUGGUGAAGCGGAUUCUCCGCUGCAUCCGUGGUACCAUGGCAUUUGGUCUCACUUUGACGGCAUCCUGCUCCACUGAGAUGGUCGCAUACUCCGAUGCAGAUUGGGCUGGCUGCCCCAACACUCGACGGUCCAUGUCCGGCUAUUGUGUCUACCUCGGGCCCUCUCUCAUAUCAUGGUCGUCCAAGCGUCAACCCACGAUAUCACGCUCUAGUGCUGAAGCGGAAUACUGUGCAGUGGCCAACGCUAUUGUUGAGUGCUCUUGGUUAUGA